GUCCUUUGCCUGCAGGUGAUUCCCUAAUAAAAAUUGUACUAUUUUUGUUCCUUGGGCGAAUAUAGUUUGGUGAACUAGAUGUGCUGCUAAUAUUUGUUGCAGCGGCAUGUCAUAUGGCCUUAGUUGCGUGCAGCAGUAGGCGGAAGGUUAACGCCGGCGAUCCAUCCUCGUCGUGGGCGUCUCUGCACGAGGACUUGGUGAGCCUAAUCGGAUAGCGAGUGGCAGCCGGCGACUUCCGCGACUACAUCCACUUCCGGGCCGUGUGUCCCCAGUGGCGCUCCGCCACCACCUGCCCGCGCCGCCGCGGCAUCCUCGACCCGCGCUUCCACCCGCGCGGGUGGAUGCUGCUGCCCGAGGGCCGCGGCCUCCACCCGGGCCACGGCAAGCUCCGCGGCCACGUCCGCUCCUUCCACCUGUCGACCGGCGCCAUCGUCCGCGUCAGGCUGCCCCAUUUCAGGGACCACUGCAUCCUCUACUCCGCCGACGGCGUCCUCCUGCUGCAGAGGGACCACGACACCGCCAUCCGCCUCCUCCACCCCUUCACCGGCGACACCGCGGAGCUCCCGCCGCUGGAGACCCUCCUGCCGCGGGUGCGCUGCCGCUCCGAGGUGUCUCGGUGGUGCUCCCUUCGAAACAUCUGUGGCGCCUGCAUCAGCGUGGGUGUAGGAGAUGGACUCGUCAGGGUAAUGAUGCGGCCGAUCGGCGUGUGGAACAUAUGUUUUGCUACCUCCGGUGAUCAGCAAUGGAGGGUGGCUACAACCUGGGAUCGCAUCAACCACCGUUCUUCUACAUUGCCAUUCCAUGGGAAGCUUUAUGUGCUGCUGCGACCUCAUUCGGUGAGAGGUGAGAAUGAGGUCAUACAGAUCGACCCACCCCAGCACUGUUUAUCGGAGCCAUCACCAAAGUUGAUUGCAAAAUUUAGAUGGCCAACAAGCGAUGAAAGCUUUCGAUUGUAUUCCUACCGUCUGGUAGAAUGCAACUCUGAGAUUUUGGUGAUUGGCACAAAAUGGGAUGCGGUUUACUACUCAGUUUACAGGCUAGCUGAUCUUAUGCUGGGAAGGACUGUCCAUGUGACAUCCAUAGAUGGCAAUGCACUCUUCAUUGGUAGGAGGUCACUCUGUGUCAGCUCUAAGGCGUUCCCUACCAUUGUUCCUGACACCAUUGUCAUGCCAGACACCAAAAUCUAUCUUAGUCAAUACCACCUCAGUAAUGGCACAUUAUCACAAGCAACAGAUGGAGUAAUUGCAGAAGAAAAAGAUAUUCCAGGUCCUUAUAGCAUCAUGUGCCAUAUCAUAACCUGUUGCUCUCCUGCAUACUGGAACAAAGGGAAGAUAUCAUGUAAGGAGUUGCCCACAUGGAGGGUGAAGAAAAAAUUUCGUUUCGGGGCAUAAAUAGGUCACUGCACCAUGAUGGGUUACUGCCGCCUGGUUUCCCGACUGCUUUUAUAUCUAUCUAGUUAUAUUAUCGUUGUCUCUGAUAUAUGUUUUUUCUGCACUGUAAUAAGUUAUUAUAUUAUCGUUGUGUGUCUCUGAUAGAUGUUUUUAUGUAAUGUAAUAAAUUAAUAUAUUAUUAUCGUUGUGUGCC